GAUUAUACAUGAACAAGACAAUUUUUUACUGUGCAAAAUGAAAUUAAAAAUUUUGUCCAAAAAGUGGCCACAGACGUAACCAUGACCACAAAACUUAACCCUACUUUCUUAACCAAAAAAAAAUCAAUCGUCUGACUCGUUUAUUGAGUGUAUUAUUAUUGAAAAUAGUGAAGAUGAGUAAAAUACAUCUUUUAACAAGGUUUGGUCAAAUAAAAAUCAACUUAUUAAAAAGACAUGGAAGGGUUUUACACGCAGCACAGUUAAGUAGCAGUUCAGACGACGAAAAGAAAAUCCAGAAAAAGGAGGAGGAAACUAAGAAAAGUAAUGAAGCCUUGAAAAAGUUAAAUAACUUGUUAAAAACCAUGAUUGAGGACGAUGUGAAGCCCAAUGAUAGGAAACUUGAUCUAGCAAAGCCCCCUAAUAGAAGACAGAAAGACAACCAACAAGAGAAGAAAAAACCUAUUGAAACACCGGAGACACAAAUGACGAAAGUUGUAAAGGAUGUAGCUGAAACAUUAGGAGGAAAUGUGAAACAAACCGAAUCAGAAUUAUUAAUGAAGCUUUUGGAGGGCAAAACCUCAACGAAUUUAGUUGAUUUGGUUAAAGGAAUGAAAGUUGAUACUGAGAAAACACCACAUGAACAAUCCAAAGCACAACAAGUUAGAGGAGUUUUGCAAGGAAUAACACAAGAAAAACGAAUUUCGACUAGAAGACCCAGAAUGAAACCAGAAUUGUCUGGGCCAAUUGAGAAAAUUGACCUUUUUGGAAGCCCCUCUUUAGGGAUUUUCACCGAUAAAGAAAACGUUGAUGAGGGUGUUGAAAACAAAACAUGGAACGAUUUAUACCAAAAAGACCUAAAACUAGCUGUUACUCACCCACCUGGCAAUUAUUUCCAACAAAUGAUUCUAUGGACUGAGCAAGAAAAAAUCUGGAAAUUCCCCAUUGAUAAUGAACAAGGUCUUGACGAGGAAAAGAAAGUUUACUUUACUGAACACGUUUUUCUUGAGAAGUAUUUGGAACCUUGGUGUCCACAAAGGGGGCCAUUGAGACACUUUAUGGAGUUAGUCUGUGUUGGGCUUUCGAAAAAUCCAUACUUAACAGUUGACGCAAAAAAGGAACAUAUUGAAUGGUUCAAAAACUAUUUUGAGGAGAAGAAACAAUUAUUAAAGGAAGUUGGGGCUAUACAAGAUCAAAAAAACACUCAACAAAUUGAACAAAAUACAACUUUGUAGAAAUAUUUAAAAAAAUGCAAAUAUAUUAGAACUUAAGAUACGGAUAACUAAACAUUUUAAAAACACUUAAAUUUGUAAAUGAAGAGAAAGGGGGCAAUGGUCAGACCCCAAAACCUCACUAUGGAUCAAGUUAUCGCAAACAUUGUCCACAAAUCUACUAGAAAUCAAAAAAUAAUCCAAACGCCUGAAAAAUUCAAUUAAAAUUUGAACGCUAAACAAUUAUUCAUUUACCAUCCGACAUUCUUGCCUCUAGCAUUUCCCAUAUAAGUCCAAAACGUGUAAGUCUUUUCCUUAUCAGGAUAUAAAUGUCGAAAAAUAUCAACAAAACCAUUUGCUAGAAAAUCAGUCAUACCAUCUCGUUCUUCGAUGGUAAAUCCAGCAUUUUUGGUAUUGGUUUUAGGAUUCGCUAAAUCAAUUUCUGUAUGGGCAACGUUCAUAUCACCACAAAUGAUAACCGGUUUUUGUGAGUCCAAUUUUUUAAUAAACUUUUUAAAUUCUUCAUUCCAGUCUAACCGUUUUGGUAGUGUAACUAAUUUUCGACCUGUUUAAGUAAAAUUGUUAUUAAAGGCACUAAAAAAAUUUAAUACAUAUACCUGCGUUAGGAACAUAAACAUUGACAAUAUAGAAAGUUUCAUACUCCACGGUGAUGCAUCGACCUUCAGUAUCAUGUUCUUUAGAUUCAAUACCAUAAAUAACAUUAAUGGGUUUAUCUUUUACAAUAAUGCCAACUCCGGCAUACCCAUCUUUAUCACUACUACACCAUAAUGUUUCGUAGCCUUUAAUUGUUUUGACUUCUUCGGGUAAUUUGUCUAAAGAACAUUUAGUUUCUUGAAUACAUAGAAUAUCAGGUUGGUCAUACUGAAGUAUAUCAAGACACCCUUUUUUCAACCAGCUUCUUAGCCCCCCUACAUUCCAUGUAGUAAUGUGGAAGUUGGGGGCUUUACCUUUUGGAGAUUUUGAAGUACAUUUGAAAUUAAUACUUUCCCAAUUGGUUAUAGUUGCAUUUUUAGGUGCCUUUGCUUCUGAAUGUUCUAGUUUAGGCUCCUUUUUAGUAGCAGCCUUUCGUUUUUGGCCCUUUUUCACAUCUACUACAUUACCUAAAUGUUCUCCUUCAUUUUCUUCCUUACUUUCAAUAUCCGCCGACUUGACAGUCUUGCCCUGCAAAACACAAGAUAUUAAAUCAUAAAUUCAUUACAAUGGAAAUAAGUAAAUACCUUGUUUUUUCUUAUUUUAGGUGCAGCUUCCUCUUUACUUUCAGUUACAGGCUAGAAUAAUAGAUUCAGUAAAACAACAAAAACUUGGUAAUGAGACACUCACCUCUGCCUUCUUACGUUUUCUUGUCGUUGUUGGCUAAAAAUUACAAUCAUUGAAUGUAACUAACUAAAAAACAUUUUUUGACACAAUUUUAAAAGCACCCCCUUUAACUUUUCCCACCUCAAUUGAAAUUUCAAAUGACACCGACUCACUUGCGACAGAUCAAAUAAAAGUGUUUUUAAAAUGUUCUUUGAACCUCUUUUCUAAAGUUGAAUGGGAUUAUCUAUUCAUAAGAUAUUCGCAAAAAAUAAUGUUUCUAAUUAGUAAUUACUUCUACUAAAAACUAUUAAAAUAAAUUACAAGAAACAUACUGAUUUAUAAGAAACUGUAACAAACUUAUUUUAAUUUUAUUAUUUUAUUGUCAAAAUAAUCGGACUAAAGGACAGGGAGUAAUAAAGUUUCUUAUAAUUUAAGUAUCUAAAAAAUAGCAAUAUAGUUCUUAAGUUCCUUUGUACAUACUGACUGCUGAAAGAUUAGUUUUUUGCCGAUAUUUUUUAAAGAGCAUUUUAAAAGUGUUUUCAUUUUUUGUAUCACUAGUGGUUGGUGCUAUUUGACAUUAUAGAGUUAAGAGGUUAAAAGGUGCUUUUAAAAUUGCGUCAAAAAAUGUCCCUUUUAAAAACAACAUUAAUCUAU